AUGUCGGACCCAACCGCGAGGAUCCCGACGCGCCCAAAACUGACGCCGCCGUCCGCCAGACCACCCCUAGUCGGGGUGACUUCGAGCCGACCGCCGGGCUCCGCAGCGAAACGAGGCGACGCAGAGAGAUUUUGGCGGAAAGCCAUGGCCCGCCGGACCCGGAACAACCCGGAGAGGAUCCGCCGCGGGCUCGACGGAAAACGACCACCACCAGAGAGUAUCCCGGAGGUGCACCUCUCCGAGGAGGAGAACGAGCCGUCGACCAACGCCGCCCCCUCCUCCGCUCCGACUGCCGGGCCCACCAUAAAAUUUAUAGAGGUGUACCCUCCCCACACCUUCCGGCUUCUGAGACCUCCGGGAACCGCGAGGAGUUCCACCGUCUCCACAGUGGGAGCCGCCGCACCAGCCGAUACAACCGGGAGGAAGGCCACCGGCACCACCGCACCGACCACUCCAUCCCUUACACGGGCCGCCACUGCCCCCGGACCAAUACCGGACACUGCUCAGAGGGGAACGGCGCCGCAGAUGCCCCGCGACCCCUUCUGCAUACGGCCGACGACACCGCGGGAAGAACGGGAUGUCCUGGUGGACGGGUGCCUGAUCCGGGUGCCCAUCGGCAGCAAACGCUGGCGCACCCGGAUCGGGAAAGUUAAAUACGCUCUCCGCCUCGACCCGACCACCGGGAACGUGAGACACUGGUCGAAACGACAGCUGUAG